CAAGUGUACAUCUUUAUUUGGUACUUAAUAUUUGGAUAACGAUAUUUAUUUAUUCGUUAGAGUUCAGGGUGAAAGUGAAAAAAGUUAUGGGUUCAGAAGUUUUUUAUCUACUUAUUUAAUUUUUUAUUUAGAUAAAUAAAUUAUUCGGUGGAUUUUUAUUAUUUUGUGUAGUUUAAUUUAUUUAAUUUACCUGUGCCAAAAAGUGUGAUGAUACUUAAAAGAAAUUAUUAAGAAAUGUACUUACGACUUGGCCUCACGUAUUUAAUCCUCUUUACAUACAUAACAAAUGUAACAUCAAUACGUACAAAUGGACGUACAUUACCACCACGUCGUAACAACCGUCGAGCAAUACCAAGUGAAUUCCUGACACCACCCGCUCCACCGUUGCCUCUAAACCGACCACCGAAUGCAUUUAGGCACGGAAAAUUAUUGGGCUCUCAGCCGCCUAACAACGAGUCUCCAGGCUACUUUUCACGUUUAAUGGGCUGGCUGAACCCUUUUGGAAGGGACCUGAAGCCUCCACCGCCCCAACAGGCUCCUCAGCGACCGCAGGGUAAUGCAAAUAUUCAGGCGGGAUUUCUUCUGCCUCCACCUCUGCCAAAUACUUAUGGGUCACCUCCGGUUCCUUCGGCUCCUGUACCUCAAGCUCCCUUAAUACCUUCGUUACCUCCAUUACCAGUUCACCCAGCCCAAGUACCUCAAUAUCAAUCUCCUUGUAUAUCUAGGCCAAACCAUCAGCUACCCCAACCGCCAUCGCCCCCAACAGCUCACACUUAUUUGCCACCAUUGAACACAUUCAAUGGAAGAAGUUGCGAUCCUUGUAAUACGUUACCUUGGAUUCCCAUUCAUCAGAAUGCUGAUGCUAAACAGGCGCAUGGUGAAUCUUUGGGAAACUCAGGAUACCAGAAUGUUCAGUUCCCAACUAAUUUACACAUAACACCGUCUUUGGAAAUCAAACAACCAGAUUUUGGUUACGGUCCUCCACCAAAUUUACAGCAGCCUCCUUUAAUUUCACAACAGGGUCAAUAUUCUUCAUCGUCUACUGGAGCAAUUCAAAAUCCUCACAUGUAUCCAGGAGCUGUUCCCCCGCUAUUUAAAGCAACUGCUUUUGAUGCACACCCGGCUGACUCAGGAGUCAAUACGGAAGUGAUUCCCUAUGAAUCUGCUUCUGAUAAUAAUCAAGGGUCAAAUCCCGGACCAGGACCAGGGUCAGCUUCAGGAAAUGAAAGACAAAAUCAUGGACAAGAACUCAGUCAAGGACAAAACCAAGAACCUUCUGCACCAUCAGGAAAUGCACAGUACGUUGAUGUCUUACCCCCUGGUGCGGAAGUAUCAGGAUCAGAUUCAUCUGCUUUUGACUCGGAUUCAAAUCAUCAGAUAUCUGAAGUAUCAGCAGCUGCUUCAGCCCAAAUUGAAACUUCUGAUAAACCCACUGCUCAUAAGCCUCACGUUUAUGAAACCGCAUCAGGUCAUAUCAUUCAUGUGGAAGAGUCUCCAGUCAUUGAUUUGUCGCAAGAUAAUUCUCCAGAUAUUACAUCUUCUUCGACAAGCUUAGAAGCUCCAUUGAUUCUUCAGAACGCAGACGGAACCUACGGAAUUAACGCGUCCUGGCCUAAUGGUGAUUCAUCCCGCAUUGUUUGGCCUGAAACCCAAGUCAAUCAAGACGCAGAAUCUUCAGCUACUUCCGUAGAAGCUCAUUCUGAUAAUUCAAAUGUUUCUUCACUGUUACUUCAAGCCCUCAGAAAUAAUAAUUUAAAUUCAACUGAUUCUAUAAAUAGUAGCAAUAGUAGUAGUAAUAGUGUUAAUAAAAAUUAUCAAGCAGAAGCAACAACGGAGUCUUUACUCAAAGCAGUCAUCAAAUCUUACAAUAAUUUCGAGAAAGAAGUAAAUGCUUUAGAACGUCCGCGUUUUAUUAAUCCUCGGGAGCUAAAUCUUCAAGAGUCGACUGUUACUGUAUUUAGUCAAGAAUCGCAAGAAUUUAACGCACCUAGACCAACUGACCGGCAAUCUAAUGCGAGAAAAAAUAAGGUACAAAUAAUAAUUCCUUAUACUUCUGAUCAUAUGCCAACACCUUUUCACACUCACCGAUCAUCGAGCGAAGAAAAAAUAUCUAGGAAUCUAGGAAGAUCGGUACUGCCGACAAAUCAUAAUCCUGUUGAUCAGGAAUUUGAAGAAAACAUAAAACAAGAAGAAGAAAAAGAAAAAGAAGAAGACGUUGCAGAUGUAAAUACUGAAGAAGAAGAAGAAGAACAACAACAACAAGAAGAGCAAGAGGAAGAAUUGAAUCUAGAGGAAGUAGAAGAUUUAAAAGAAUUAUUUAAUGACUCAUGGACGCAAAAAAAAUCAGAAGGCUCAACUGUGAAGCCGACUACGAAAGCUAAUACUUCGAUUGAUGUAAUGAGACUGCAGAAAAAUAUUGACAAUUGGACAAUACAGGAAUACUCACGUGGAACAACGGCCACCACAUCAACACCAACUUAUUCUCAUCAAUUACUUCAGUCCAAGAAAAUUCCCGAUGAAUAUUUAACCACCGAAUCUUCAACUCCUGUCUCAGAAUCUAGAGAGGUUGAGAAAGUCGGAAAUGUUUUGGCGGCAUUUAAUUACAAUGAUUUGGAGCAUGAGGGUUCUGCUAGCAGCCGCGUUGAUUUUCCAAGUGUACAGGAUGACGUGUCGUCAAAUUCAUUAGAGUCAUCAGAGUCAAGUUCAAUUUCAAGUGACAUUAGUUUUAAUUCUAAUGAAGAUGCAUCUUGGGAACAACUUCCGGUCUCAAUUUCACCGUUGAGUAAUGAACGUGUAUACGUUGUUACACCACAGACUGCAGUGAAACCCGUAGCUUUUAAUACAAAUACUAAAAAUAAUUCAAUUGAAAUUGAAAAAAAUAAUACUAAGGAAUCAAUUAGCAAUUCGACGGUACAAUUUGAGUCAAUUGAGAAAUCGUAUCAAGUAUUACCACAAGCUGUCAAUAAUCUUGCUGUUGUGUCAACUGGACCUGCUACAGUACCGCUGUGGGGUAUUAUGGAGCAUGAAGAGUACGCAGGUUUUAAUAAAACUUCACCAAAAACUCUGAUUUUAUACUCAGGUCAUUCCAAGGUGUCCCAUGCAAGAAGUUAAUGAGUGUGAGGUAAUGCGUGUUUCUAUAGACUGCCAAAAUAUAAAUAUUUAUCUUACGCGUUUAGUUAUUUAAGUUUUUAUAAUUAUUCCUAGAAUUAAUAAAUAAAUUAAUAAUUAAUUUAAAAUUAAGCUCAAUAAUCAAGACCGUUGACGAGACUGAUAUUUAUUAAAUUACUCUCGUCGAGUGAUACGGUCACGGCCAGUUUUGAGUCCUCAUUAAUUACAACCUGUAAUUAAUUUUUUUUUAAAUAAAUAAAAAAAAACAGCGACUGAAUUUUAAAUUAUUUUAAAAGUUCUAAGACGUGCAUAUGCAUUUAAACGAGCCAAUAAUGUAAGCAAAUAGAAAAAAAAAUAAUUUGAAUAAUUUGAACGUGAAGAGAAAAAAUUUACAGUAUUUAAAUAAAAUUUCUUUUAUAAAAAUAAUACAACAGUGAUUUGGCUUUCACUGAUUUAACGAAAUCAUUGGAUUGAUGCCAAAACUUUUUAUUAUUUUUUUAAACAAUAAAUAUUUAUAAAGACAAGAGAAAUUGUUUUUUGUUACAUUCGAAGUACGAAUUUUUAUAUACGCGUUGUAUAUAAAGAAAAAACUUUUUUUUUUUAAUUUAGAAUUUAGAGAAUUAAGUAUAAGAAUGUUAUGAGUGCGAAUGUAGCAGACAUCAGACAAAUUUAAAAUUAUAAAUAAUAAAAAUAAUAUUUAUAAAAAAUACACUUAUUAAUUUUAAAAUUUUUCAAAUGCGCAUUUUUUAAAAAUUUUAUUUUAUUAAUUACUUACUCUAUUUAUAAAUAAUUUAAAAUUUGUCUGAUGUCUGCUACACUUACACUCAUAGAAUGUUUUAUUUUCGGGGUCGAUGAUUUUUCGAGAGAAAAAAAAGAAAAGAAAUAAAAGGCUAUUAAACUUGACAUGGAGUCAUGAACCGUGUGAAUAACGUUAAUGCCGGAUGGAAGAGUGUGGAAAAGCGUUUCCAUUGUUUGGUGAUACUGUCGUGGAUUACUCAGUGGCUGGUUCCAUAACAAGACACGCUGCUCUAUAUGUAUAUAUAAUAUACAUACAUUUAUAUACAUUGUCGUCAUCGAGUAAAAAGAUAAUAAAGAGAGCAAAUAAAAGUCGUGAUCUCAUGAGUAAUUAAAAAAAUGAGUUACAAGUUACAGAGUAAAGAGUAAAAUAGAGAAUAGAGAUGAAACAAGGACGCGACCUUAAUGAGGAAGCGAAUGUGCGAACGGUGAAAUUAAAUUUAUAUUAUUUAUUUUUUAACAUUAACUUAUAAA